UGAGAAAAAGUUUCUAAAUUGUGCCUCAGGCGUGAAAAAUACUGUGUCAGAUAAGCAUUGCAGCCAUAAUGAUUGUUUGCCCUGACGCAUCUCAAAAUGGACUGAAGAGAAUUGUCAAAUUGUUUUUUUAGGACAAAUGGUGCUUCAAGAGGACCCUGUUUCGUUGGGAGGUCGACGGCCAAAAAGCCUGGGGAAGAUGAACUAACAACUCGAUAUUUUGGGUCAGCGGUUGCUUUCAAAAAUCAAAAUGGUGGACGGACAGUAAAAGUUUUUUGCAAGCCAAAAUGUCAGCAAAAAGCGAUGUCAAUGAAGCUACGGAGACUUAUCUUAGACAAUUAGGAGAAAUAUAUCAACACGAAUGUCUUGAAUACAAGAAAAAGGAAUCAUGUCAUCAACUAGGAGAGUUCUACAUGACAGUAGAGAAAAAUGUURGCAAAGCCAAGGAAAUUUACAAAAUGGCGUGUGAUGAAUUGGGAGUUAUGGAAAGUUGCUUUGCAUUAGGAAAUUUACACUUGACACAGAAAGAUUUCAAAGACCCAGAAGAAGCCUUGAGGCUCUACACUAAAGCUUGUGACAACAAACAAGCUGGAGCCUGCAACAAUGCAGGUUUAAUAUACCAAAAUGGAAUAGAAGAAUCACCUAUCAAGCAGGACAUUAAAAAAGCAAUGGAYUUCUUUGAAAAAGGCUGUAAUGGAAGAAACAAAAAUGGUUGCUUCAAUCUUAGUGCUUUUUAUCUUUUGGGUAAACAUGGAAUUCAAAAAGACAUGAAGAAAGCUUUUGAACUUUCAGUUAAAAGUUGUAGCAUGGGCCAUCCAUGGGCUUGUGCUAAUGUUAGUAGAAUGUAUAGUUUAGGAGAUGGUGUGGAAAAGAACCCAAAAGAAGCUGAAAAGUAUAAAAAUAUUGCAAAGAAGAACUCUGGUUAUGAGGUGAAAAUUGGCUGAGAGAAGUUAAGGGAUUAAUUCCCAGAAAUGUUGAUACAAAACUUCCAAAUUGUAUAAUAUAAUAUACGGAAAGUAUAUUUUUAAUCUUUACAAGUCUAGGCAAUUCUUGAAAAUGUUGAGAU